AUGGAAGAGAGGGUCACAUACGCUGAUCUGCGCUUUCCCCCAACACCAGGUCCUCAGCAGCCGGUGCGUCUGCCCUGGUGCUGGGCAGCCCUCAGCCUGGGUCUCCUCUCCCUGGUGCUUCUGCUGGCACAAAUCAUCCUUGUCAGCUUGAGCUUCCACUAUUUAGUACAACAACAGAUGAGCUGCACCCAUGAUCUCUGGAGCACGGAGAAGAGCGCCAGCUAUGGGCAACAGACACUGCAAGCGCAAUGCCAGUUUUGCCCGGUCGGCUGGCUCUGGGAUGCAGGGCAGUGCUACUACUUCUCAUCUGCCAAAAAGACCUGGGAGAAAAGCAGAGAGGACUGCUGCUCCAGAGGGGCACAGCUGGUCACCAUCCAAGACAACACUACCCUGGCUUUCCUGAUGCGCACCACGGACAUGGAGGUCUUCCAUGUGGGGCUGAAGAAGGAUGGCUUUGCAUCAGACUGGAAGUGGCUGGAUGGCACCACAUUGAAGGGGAUCUUCCUAAUCCAUCGCUACACCAGGUCUUACCAGGCCUGUGGCAGGCUGUCAGGCUUGGGGCUGUCGGGUGGUCUGUGCUCGGAACCCCUUGGAUGGGUCUGCAAGCAGAGUGCAGCCACCCUGCAGUGGCUCCAGUCCUCGCCUCCUUCCUUCGUCUGGGGAAACACCACCUACAGCUGUGUGAGGCCCUGAUGGCUGUGGGAACCUCCAGCCUGUCCCACCACCAUGUUCCCUGCCUGACUCCAGUUCAUGGGCAUUCACAGGCAUUGACUGCUGCCUCCUGGCUCAGACCUCUUUAUUUCCCUGUAACUGCAUUUUGCCAAUAAAC